UGACCCGGUCCGGAGCCGGCGCAGAGGCCGCGGGGGUCCUGUGCCUUCGGCUCCCCGCAUCCGCCGCCAUGGCCUGGACCAAGUACCAGCUGUUCCUGGCCGGGCUCAUGCUCGUCACCGGCUCCAUCAACACGCUCUCCGCAAAGUGGGCGGACAACUUGGUGGCCCAAGGAUGUGGAGGGAGCAAAGAGCACAGCUUCCAGCAUCCCUUCCUCCAGGCAGUGGGCAUGUUCCUGGGGGAGUUGUCCUGCCUGGCUGUCUUCUACCUACUCCAAUGCAGAGCUGCGGGGCACCCAGACGCCACUAUGACUCUCCAGCAGCCCUUCAACCCCCUUCUUUUCCUGCCCCCGGCCCUCUGUGACAUGACCGGGACCAGCAUCAUGUAUGUGGCCCUGACCAUGACCAGCGCCUCUAGCUUCCAGAUGCUUCGGGGAGCAGUGAUCAUAUUCACAGGCCUCUUCUCGGUGGCCUUUGGGCGGAGGCUGGUGCUGAGCCAGUGGCUGGGCAUCCUCGCCACCAUUGCGGGGCUGGUGGUCGUGGGCCUGGCGGACCUCCUGAGCAAGCACGACGACCAGCACAAGCUCAGCGAAGUGAUCACAGGGGACCUGCUGAUCAUCAUGGCCCAGAUUAUCGUCUCCAUCCAGAUGGUACUAGAGGAGAAGUUCGUCUACAAGCACAACGUGCACCCGCUGCGGGCUGUUGGCACUGAGGGCCUCUUCGGCUUCGUGAUCCUCUCCCUGCUGCUGGUGCCCAUGUACUAUAUCCCGGCCAGCUCCUUCAGCGGCAACCCCCGUGGGACCCUGGAGGACGCACUGGAUGCCUUCUGCCAGAUCGGCCGGCAGCCACUCAUCGCCGUGGCACUGCUGGGCAACAUCAGCAGCAUUGCCUUCUUCAACUUUGCGGGCAUCAGCGUCACCAAGGAACUGAGCGCCACCACCCGCAUGGUGCUGGACAGCCUGCGUACCAUCGUCAUCUGGGCCCUGAGUCUGGCGCUGCGCUGGGAGGCCUUCCCCCUGCAGAUCCUCGGCUUCCUUGUUCUCCUGACAGGCACUGCCCUCUACAACGGACUGCACCGCCCACUGCUGGCCUGCCUGUCCAGGAGCCGGUCCCCAGCAGAGGAGGGUGAGCAUGAGAGACUGCUGGGGGGCUCACGGACUCCCAUCAACGAAACCAGCUGAAACUCCUAUGGGACCUUGGCUGCCUCCUGGAUGCUCCUUGUUCGCCCUGGGGCCACACAGGCUGGUGAGCCUUGAGGCCUCACCUCUCCCCCUCCCACAGAC